AUGGCCGCCAAACAAGUUCUUCUGCUCGGCUCCGGCUUUGUUGCCAAGCCCACUGUCGAUAUUCUCGCUGCCACUGACGGCAUUGAGGUCACUGUCGCCUGUCGAACUCUUGACAAGGCCAAGGCCCUUGCUGGCGAUGUGGCCAAGGCCAAGUCUGUGGACGUUGAGAACCCCGAGUCCCUCGAUGCCGCCAUUGCCGAGUGUGAUCUGGUCAUCUCGCUGAUCCCCUACAUCCACCACGCCACUGUCAUCAAGUCUGCCAUCAAGCACAAGAAGAACGUCGUCACCACAUCCUACGUGUCCCCCGCCAUCCAGGCUCUGGAGCAGGAGGCCAAGGACGCCGGCAUUGUUGUCAUGAACGAGAUCGGUCUUGACCCCGGUAUCGACCAUUUGUACGCCGUCAAGACCAUUGACGAGGUCCACCGAGCUGGCGGAAAGAUCAAGUCUUUCCUGUCCUACUGUGGAGGUCUUCCUUCCCCCGAGGACUCCGACAACCCGCUCGGAUACAAGUUCUCGUGGUCUUCCCGAGGAGUUCUGCUGGCUCUGCGAAACGCCGCCAAGUUCUACAAGGACGGCAAGAUCGAGGAGGUGUCUGGCGAGGACCUCAUGACCCUGGCCAAGCCCUACUUCAUCUACCCCGGCUACGCCUUUGUCUGCUACCCUAACCGAGACUCUUCUCCCUACAAGGAGCGAUACGAGAUCCCCGAGGCCGACACCAUCAUCCGAGGUACCCUGCGAUUCCAGGGUUUCCCCGAGUUCAUCAAGGUGCUGGUCGAUCUCGGCUUCCUGUCUGACGACAACGUCGAGACCUUCGCUGUCGGCUCCAAGCCCGCCUGGAAGGAUGCCCUGGCCGCCCAGGUUGGCGCCAAGGGCAACUCUGAGGAGGAAAUCAUCGCCGCCAUCUCUUCCAAGACCAAGUUCAAGGACGAGGACGACAAGGAGCGAAUCAUCAACGGUUUCCGAUGGCUGGGUCUCUUCUCCGACACCCCCAUCACUGCUCGAGGCAACCCUCUGGACACUCUGUGUGCCACCCUCGAGGAGAAGAUGCAGUUUGGUCCUCGGGAGCGAGACAUGGUCAUGCUCCAGCACAAGUUUGGCAUCGAGUGGGCUGAUGGAAAGACCGAGACCCGAACCUCCACUCUGGUCGCCUACGGAAACCCCGACAAGUACUCUGCCAUGGCUGAGCUUGUUGGUGUCCCUUGUGCCGUUGCUGUCAAGCAGGUGUUGAACGGUACCAUCAGCACUCCCGGUAUCUUGGCUCCUGUCAACCCUGCCAUCAACGGUCCUCUUAUCAAGGAGCUGAAGGAGGAUUACGGCAUUGAGCUGAUUGAGAAAACCCUCUAA